AAGUUAGUUAGUUCAGUUCUCAGUUCAUUAGCUGGUUCAUUCUGGUCCUUACUUUUACCCUUGAACUUUGCCGCGGUUGUUAUUAAGAAAUAAAUUCUUAAUGAAAGAAGGUUGAUACAAAAAUUUAAAAGUCUAAUAAUAACACAAUGGCACCCAACGUAUCUGUACCUGUGGAGCGCUACGAGCCUAGCACUUUUGGUGUAAAUGCAAUUUUAUUAGGCCCACCAGGCUCCGGAAAAGGGACACAGGCACCGCUGUUGAAAGAGAAAUAUUGCGUCUGUCAUCUAUCCACUGGCGACAUGCUACGCGCAGAGAUUGCAUCGGGUUCGAAACUGGGCUCUGAGUUGAAAAAAGUUAUGGAUGAGGGAAAACUUGUAUCAGAUGAACUAGUUGUGGAUAUGAUUGAUUCCAACUUAGAUAAGCCACAAUGUAAAAACGGAUUUCUACUGGACGGAUUCCCACGGACUGUCGUGCAAGCUCAAAAGCUUGAUACGUUGCUGGAAAAAAGAAGGACAAGCUUGGAUGCUGUGAUUGAAUUUGCGAUAGAUGACAAUUUAUUGGUACGGAGAAUAACUGGUCGUUUAAUUCAUCAAGCUAGUGGAAGAUCCUAUCACGAAGAAUUUGCCCCUCCUAAAGUUCCGAUGAAAGAUGAUGUUACUGGAGAGCCGUUAAUGAAGCGAAGUGACGAUAAUGCUGAAGCACUGAAAAAACGGUUGGAGGCGUAUCAUAAACAAACCAAGCCAUUGGUUGACUACUAUGGAUUGAGAGGAUUACACUUCAAGGUUGAUGCUUCAAAAAAAGCCAGUGAUGUUUUUUCGACAAUUGACUCAAUAUUCCAACGAAAUUGUUCCAAGAAAGUUCAAUUAUAACGGUUUUAAUGACGAGAUUUAUCCUGUUUGUUGCUUC